CACGCGUUGGUCAUAUUGACAGCAAAGUAAAAUAAAACGAAAAUAAGUAAAUUUAAUAAAAUUUCUUGCGAGCGAGUUGCGAAGAUGACGAGCGCCUAGCGAGAUUGUGCAAGCAACCAAUCGAAUCGAAUCGAAACGAACGAACGGAGGAGCAGCUGUCCGCCAGUUGGAGGAGCUACUAGGAGCCGGAACGGGAGCGAUGACGAUGACCGCCUCGGAUAAAUACACGUACCAGCGGACCGUGCUGUGCCUGGCCCGCGUUCUGGCGGGGAUUCAGCCGACUCCCUGGGAGAAGGUGCAGACCCUGUUCCGCUAUUGCCCACAGGAGAAUGCCGCCGGGGUCUUUUGUCUGGACACGCGGGCCCAGGAUGCGGUGAUCGCCCUAGGAAUAUACUAUCUGGAGAGCGGAUGUCAGCACGAAGGGCAGAUUGUGCCCUACUUACUCCGCCUGGCCAAGUGUCUGCCCAAGGCCGUGUGGAUAGACGAUGCCCGGAGCAGCAAGGUCGAACGCAUUCGCAUUCCGUCGGCGGAAAAGUUUAGCUUCUGUUUGAAUACCCUGCUCUCUGAUAUAGCGGCCAAAUGUCCCGAUUCCCGCGAAGAGAUCAUCCUGAACCAAGUGGAAACGCUUAGUGCUCUGGCCAAUAUUGUGAAGUCCAGCAAGGACAGCAGCUCCGCACCGCCUCCCAUUAUCCUGUGCAAGGCUACGGUGCCUUUGCUUUUUGGACUGGCUCGUUCGAUGGGUCGCUAUGCCAGCAAUGAUCCUCCCCUGCUGUGUCGCAUAUUUCCGCCCGAGUUGCUGCCCAUCCAGAGAGGAGUUGGCCGUGAUGGCACCGGAUCAUCGAGCAGUGCCAGUGGCACAUGCGGCGGAUCCUUCAGCAGCAGCGAACGCUUGGCUGGCACGCAUCAAUUCCGACCCAUAAUACCGCGCUCCAUGUCGGGCAGCUUGGCGCAGACUCAAAAUCCCGGCCAUGACGAUGCCCGGCAGCGGUGUUCGGCCGGAAAGCACCAGAAGCCCUCGCUGCACAGCUACUUCUCCGUGCCAUAUGAUCCACGGACGCACUUCUUCACGCGAUACGGCUCCAGCUUCAAUCAGUUCCCCAACAUGCGCGUCUGCGAAUCGCCCACGAAGGGUGGCCCACGACCCUUGUAUCGAGUGCCACCGUUUCCCAUCCAGCAUCUGCAGACCAUAUUUGCGGUGUCGAAGAAACUGCUGACCAAGGACACGCUGGAGCAUCUGGAUGAACAGGCCAGCGAUAUCUUCUCGCUGCACCAGAUCAAGGGCUACUGCUACAAAAGCUUCUCGGAAACGCUGAACCUGGUUCUGGUAACCCUGCUGCGGGAAUUGCUGCAGCAUCAGGUGGACCUGCCCACGCCAUUCACCAAAGAUGUGCAGGAGUUUGUCAAGAGGCUGUUCCUCAACGGGCAGACGGAGCUCCAAAACAAGCAGCAGGAUCAGGAGCGGGAGCGACGCGAGGAGAACGGAAUCGCGGUGAUCAACAAGUACAAGGUCAAUGUGAUGGCCAAUGCGGCGUGUGUCGAUCUGCUGGUUUGGGCCAUUCGCGAUGAAACGGUUGACGUCGACUAUAAUGUGCCAUCCCUGCAGAAUGGCUUGCAAUUUUUAUUGAAGAAAGAGGCGGAUAAGCUGUGUGGCCGGCUGUCGCAGAAAUUAAAUCUGGAGCUCAGUCACAAGAUCGUGAUGGAUCACAUGCCGCUGCUGAUGGUUUGUCUGGAGGGUCUGGGCAAGCUGGCCCAAAAGUUUCCCAACAUUGCUGGCACCUCGAUUUCGUAUCUGCGUGAUUUCCUGGUGGCUCCCAGUCCGAUCCUGGGCAAACUUCAUGACCACACCAUGCAAUCGUUGGCCCAGCAGAAGAAGGAAAAGGAGCUGACGCCAUUUAAGAUCGCGGUUCAGCACUCGGACUCGCCGUCGGCGGUCGUAAUCUACGGGGAAAAUCAGAAGCCACCGGGCAGCGGAACUGGACGAAGUGGUCAUGCUGCCUUCGAGGCUCUGCGGGAUGCGGCCAUCGAGAACCUAUCGAUCGCCUUGAGAGCCUCCCACACCCUGGACCAGUUUUGUGUCCCAGCUUUGGUGGCCAACGUAUCCAACCGACUGUUUACUGCCGAGAAGUCAGGCAGUGAAUCGCAAGGUGAAUGCAGCAAAUCCAACCUGGUUAGUCUUAACAUCAUUGUGAUGCUGGGCCAUGUGGCCGUGGCGCUAAAGGACACCUCGAAGACCACUCAGAACAUCCUGCAGUUCUUCAUCCAGCGAUUCUGUAAAGUGCCCUCGGAACAGAACGCCUUGAUAGUGGAUCAACUCGGCUGCAUGAUCAUUUCGCAGUGCGAAACCCAUGUCUUCGAUGAGAUCAUGAAGAUGUUCUCCCGCGUCACUGUGCAGUCGGCAUCGUUGGCCUACACAUCGGAUCCGGAGCACAGGAAGCAAUUCCAUCACGUCUCGGAUGCGGUGGUCAAUGCACUAGGAAAUAUAGCGGCCAAUAUCCAGGGCGAUUCGGAGAUGCUGGAGCUGCUGGGCAAGCUGCUGGAACUCUUUGUGCAGAUCGGUUUGGAUGGCGAGCGCAGCUACGACAAUACGCCGGGCGCCCAGAAGGCCAGCUCACGUGCUGGUAAUCUGGGCAUGCUGAUACCGGUGAUUGCGGUACUGGUGCGCCGUCUGCCGCCGAUCAAGAAUCCCCGCCAGCGUCUGCACAAGCUCUUCAAAGACUUCUGGGCCUACUGUGUGGUUAUGGGCUUUACCAGUGCAAGACUUUGGCCAGCGGAUUGGUAUCAGGGUGUCCAGCAGAUAGCCGCCAAGUCACCGCUACUCAUCUCGCAGACCGCCCAUAAAUCAGAUAUGAGGGAACUCAAUUACACCCUGGCCAUCAAGAGCGAUUCGGUGAACGAGCUGCGUAGCCAGAUCCUGGUUCUUUUGGAGCACUCCACGGACAAUGUGGCCACGUCGAUCAAUAAGCUCUCCUUUGCCCAGUGCACCUAUCUGCUGAGUGUCUACUGGCUGGAGAUGCUGCGCGUGGAGAAUGCGGACGAACCGAGUCUGGAGCCGAUCAUGAGCUACCUCUGCGACACGGCGCUUCAAAGGGACAAAACGGGGAUCUGGCAGUGCGUGAAGUGCGUUGCUGACCAGGUGUUCGAAAAGUUCCGUAAUGUUCUAUACGCCCACGACGAAAUCCGUGAGAAGGUGCUGGAAUCGCAGGCCACCCUUCUGCUAGUCUAUUUCAACCACAUCCACAAACCCAUCCAGGUUGUGGCCGAUCAGUACCUCUCCUUUCUGGUCGAUCGUUUUCCCCAUCUGCUUUGGAACCGCCGGGUGCUGUGGUGCAUGCUGGACAUCCUUCAGCUGCUGGCGUACUCCCUGAGCUUGGAUCCCAACGAGGAGACGCCCACAUUGCGGGUGGUGUCCACACCGUACACCCUGCAACUGAUGGAUUCGCUGCCGGCGAGGGAACUGCGCCUGAAGGACUUUGCCGAUCGGUGUCAGGGCAUCGUGAAUGAGGCCAUGAAGUGGGCGCCACGAUCCACGCGGUCGCAUCUGCAGGAGUAUCCCAAUCAGAUCCCCACGCCCGUAUUGGCGCACCACAGUGGAUUGGCCCUGGCCUUCGACUCGGUGGUGAGCAGUAGUGCCCUGCACACGGGCACCAUGAGCAAGCGUCCCAGUUGCGUGAACUCCGAUACGCCCAGAUUCGUAUCGGUCUUAUGCCUGCGGAGCAAAUACGCCGGAGAGAUAAGCGGCCUGCUGUCCGUACUUAGUGAGAAGGAUAAGGCCGGAUUGGCGGAUCGGCUGGUCAGCGAUGUGUGGGAGGCCUGUGCCGAGAAGAGCGAUGCCCGGCAUCGUGGGGCUCUUUGGAGGGCCACUGCCUAUCUGAUCAUCUGCUCGGAGAUCGACAGGAAACUGCUGCAUGCGGUGGCCAGUUCGCAGCUGGAAUUGUUCACCGAGUCGGCCAUGGAAACCGCUGUCGAGUGCUGGCAAUGGGUACUAACGGCCCGGCAGGAUCUGGAGCUGUGCUUCAUACAGGAGAUGGUCAGCGCAUGGCAGACGACAUUCGAGAAGCGAAUGGGCUUGUUUGCCUGGGAAACGGAGGUCACAAAUCCCCUGGCCGCCUACGAGGGCUGCAAGUUGGUCAGCAAGCCCAUACUGAUUGCCCCCCAUUUGAUUUGGCUGCAGUUGCUCUCCGAAAUGGUGGACACGGCGAAGUACUGCAAUCGGGACAAAGUGGAGAUGUUCUGCCUGCUGCUGCAUCGAUGUCUUCCCAUACUGAAAAGCAGCAAGCAGAACCGGCAGGUCUCCACAGUGGGCUGUCGCUUCAAGCUACUGCAGUGCGGACUGUCGCUGCUGCAAGGCAAUACCAUACCCAAAUCGCUGGCAAGGAAUAUCCUUCGUGAGCGGAUCUACUCCAAUGCACUGGACUACUUCUGCGGACCGCCCACGUGCCCAAAUCAAAGUCGGGAGCAGUUGCUGGAGGAUAUAAUGAUACUGCUGAAAUUCUGGCAGACCAUGCGCAGCGAAAAGAAGCACCUGGUCACGUCCGAAGUGGGCGACUAUGAUCUGACCAACGCCUCCGUGAGCUCCACACAAAUGCUGGCCGUGAGAAAUAACCCGGAGACAGCUUCACUGAUCAGUGGCAGUGGCUUGGUCAACGAUUACACGCGUUCCAUGAGCGCCAGUGGCAAUGCGGUGGGCAUGGGCGUAGGGGCGGCGGGUGGUGGGAGCAGCAGUGGCUGGUACAACACCAUUCCGCACUCCACGUCCACCUUAUCGAAGCGCUCGAAUCGCUCCAAGCGGCUGCAGUAUCAGAAGGAUUCGUACGACAAGGACUACAUGAAGAAACGCAAUUUGAUCCUUGAGCUGCUGGCCGUCGAGCUGGAGUUUCUCAUCACCUGGUACAAUCCCAACAGUCUGCCGGAUCUUAUAGUUCCUGGUGAAGAACAGAUCACGGAGUGGCGAAACCGGCCGUACAAGCCGAACGUUUGGCGGGAUUAUGCCCGACUCGCCUGGUGCUACAAUCCAGCACUGGCUGUCUUCCUACCGCAGCGGAUCAAGAAUGCGGAGAUCAUCGAUGAGGAGGUGUCCCGACUGGUCUGCUCCGAUCCAAUAGCGGUGUGCCACAUCCCCGAGGCACUUAAGUACCUGUGCACCACCAAGAACCUGCUGCAGGAGAGCCCGGAUCUGGUCUACAUCCUGUCCUGGUCGCCGGUGACGCCCAUCCAUGCGCUGGCAUACUUUUCGCGGCAGUAUCCAUCGCAUCCGCUGACCGCCCAAUAUGCCGUGAAGACCCUCUCUUCGUAUCCGGCGGAAUCGGUGCUGCCGUAUAUUCCACAAUUGGUUCAGGCACUCCGGCACGACACCAUGGGCUAUGUGGUGGAGUUCAUCAAGAAUAUCUCGCGGAGAUCGCAGAUUGUGGCGCACCAGUUGAUAUGGAACAUGCAGACGAACAUGUACAUGGACGAGGACCAGCAGCACAGGGAUCCCAACCUGUACGAGGCUCUCGAUCAGCUAUCGCUAAGUAUUAUCGCUUCGUUUUCGGGCGCCGCCAAAAGGUUCUACGAGCGGGAAUUCGAUUUCUUUGGCAAGAUAACGGCCGUCUCCGGUGAGAUUCGUUCGUUUGCCAAGGGCAUUGAGCGGAAGAACGCGUGUCUGGCGGCGCUCAGCAGAAUCAAGGUGCAGGGCGGGUGCUAUCUGCCCUCUAAUCCAGAGGCCAUGGUGCUGGACAUUGACUAUAGCAGCGGCACCCCCAUGCAAAGUGCGGCCAAGGCGCCGUAUCUGGCCAGGUUCCGGGUGUAUCGAUGCGGCAUCACGGAAUUGGAAACACGGGCCAUGGAGGUGUCCAAUAACCCGAAUUCCCAGGAGGAUGCAAAGAUGACGCUGGGCGUAGAGUCCUGGCAAGCGGCCAUCUUCAAGGUGGGCGACGAUGUGCGCCAGGACAUGUUGGCCCUCCAGGUGAUCACCAUCUUCAAGAGCAUCUUCCAGCAGGUGGGACUCGAUUUGUUUUUGUUUCCCUACCGCGUGGUGGCCACCGCUCCAGGGUGCGGGGUGAUCGAGUGUGUGCCGAAUGCCAAGUCGCGGGAUCAACUCGGCCGACAGACGGACAGUGGACUCUCUGAGUAUUUCCAGCAUCAGUAUGGCGAUGAGAGCUCCAAGGAGUUCCAGGCGGCGCGGGCCAACUUUGUGAAAUCCAUGGCCGCCUACUCGUUAAUUGGCUAUCUGCUUCAGAUCAAGGAUCGGCACAAUGGCAACAUCAUGAUCGACAAGGAUGGCCACAUCAUACACAUUGAUUUUGGCUUUAUGUUCGAGUCCUCGCCAGGUGGUAAUAUCGGCUUCGAACCCGACAUGAAGCUAACCGACGAGAUGGUCAUGAUCAUGGGCGGCAAGAUGGACUCUCCGGCCUUCAAGUGGUUCUGCGAGCUGUGCGUCCAGGCCUUCCUCGCCGUUCGCCCGUACCAGGAUGCGAUUGUGUCCCUUGUAUCCUUGAUGCUGGACACCGGGCUGCCAUGUUUCCGUGGACAGACAAUCAACUUGCUGAAGCAACGGUUCGUGGCCACUAAGAAUAACAAGGAGGCAGCCGCCCACAUGCUGGCUGUCAUCCGCAACUCGUACCAGAACUUCCGUACCCGUACCUACGAUAUGAUACAGUACUACCAGAACCAGAUACCCUACUAAAAAACCAAGUACAGGCGCCUCUUGUUCGUUGUUAUUGGCCAAAAGACACUUGAAAUAUCCACAAAACUUGAAAACUGCAAACUCACAAACGGAAAAUACCCCUAUUCGUAUUAUUGUUUCGAUGCCGCACCCGUAUUCGUAUUCCUUAAUCCGCAUUUCCCGAGUGUGUGUUUCUUUUUUUGUUUCGCGUACUUAUAAGAUGUUGAACUUUUUCCAAGAUUUUACGACUCAUAUAUACGUUAUACAAUAUUUAUAAACAUUAAAUCAAUUAUAGGGCAAUAUGUUAUACAAUGGUA